CGAUCGCUACUCAUCCCCAUCCAUGUCGAACGUCUGGCAGCCGUAGGUAGUGGGGUUUUUCCCGCAAGGUUUCUCACACGAAAAAAAAACUUAAUAGCUCCUCAGUAUAUGGAUUCUGAUCACAUGCAUAUCGUUCCCGCAAUUCACUUCAAGUCGGUGACACACUCUAGCAGAAGCGAUGCAAAUAUAAACAGCCCACAGUCUAUCCGCGUGUGAAAAGAAUUAUAAAAAACUCUUUCCAUUAUGUAAAACCCGGAAGAAGUGAAUCAAUCAGCCGAUGUUGUCUGCCUAUUUAAUGAGUAAAUUAGCCUUAAAUUCAGUGAAACUAAAUGCGUCAUUUGCCGCUUGAUCAUUGCCCACCUCGUUGGCCACUGCUCCCACUGCCUCAGUAAAGUUCAUCGUACCAGUGAAUUGUGACAAAAAAAUUUGUGUUUCUGUAUUCUGUGUUGAAUCAACACAAACGCCCAGUGCUUGGACAACGGACAAGGUGAAUUUGGUAUAAACGGGGCUAUAGUGUACGGGAUCAUAAAUGAGUUUACGUCGUGAACGCGUUAUCAUCCUACCAAUUAUAAUAUUUACCAUUCGGUAAACUCAGUACAUGCGAAUACCGAAACAAAGGCAUCCAAAUACGAGAGAGUAAGCGGGAGCUGGAGGGGCGAGAGAGUAGGUGAAUGGCAGAAAACAGGAACACGAACUGCAGAGGGAGGAGUUUUUUCGCUGAGCAUAUACUUGAGGGGGAUAAGAGAUACGUGAACACGGGAGUUUGUUUAUUCUUCAGUGCCAUACCGUCAAUGGAAUAGAAAAAUCCGUACAGGAGCAUAUUUUGGCUGUCUCAAUCGCUGAUCUUUGUCGUUUGCAGCUAAUCAUGACAGAGAUUAAGACGCCUGUUGUGUCUCAGUGAUCUGCGAACCACGUUGAGAGGACCACGAUUGAAUACACUGAGGGAGCAAACAUGGCGGGAUACGUGAGAUUUGCAUUUGCGAUGAUGCUGUGCAUCGCAAAUAUGAUAAUCUACGGUUUAAAAGUCAAUAUAUCAACAACAAUAAUAGGAAUGGUGAAGGUAAGAAAUACAAGUGAUGCGAGUACCGCGGUCCAAACUUGCCCAGACUUUGAAAAUACAGAUAGUACAAGUGGUAAUAGUGGACUCGAUAUUCAUGGCCCUUACAACUGGUCAGCAUUUGAACAAGGACUGGUGGUUAGCCUGUACUUUGCUGGUUACAUGGCUGGCAUGUUCCCUGCGGGAUACUUUGCCGAUAGGUUCAAUACAAAAUAUGUCCUGCUCACUUCUGUCCUUCUGAAUUCAUUGUUUACGCUGUUGGUACCAAUGGCAGCGGAAUCUAUUGGAGUUCUUUUCUUCCUGAGAUUCAUGACCGGUUUGGUAAGCGCAGCUAAUCUGCCAGUGGUCAAUGUACUUGUUGGCAAAUGGGUUGUCUACGAAGAGAAAAGCACUUGGGUUGCCAUCAUCAAUGCUGGUACAUCUAUUGGCACUGUCAUCUCCAUCUUCACCUCUGGAAAUAUCAUGAAAGAUAUUGGCUGGGAAUCUGUCUUCUAUAUCCAUGGAGCCCUUCCUCUCGUCUGGUGUGCUGUGUUUGCAUUUUUUUUCGCUGAUAAUCCAGAGACACAGAAAAUUAUUAGUGAGCCUGAGAGGGAACUCAUUGUUAACUCUUAUGGUCAUCGCAAACCUCAGUCAGGGAAGAGCGAAAUACCGUGGAGGGAUAUUUUCACGUCGAAACCAUUUUGGGCACUUGUCGCUACCAAUACGCUUGGUAAUUUCUGCUGGUACUUUAUGCUGACGCAGUUGCCACUUUAUAUGAGUAAGAUGUUGAGAUUUGAUAUCAAGAGUAAUGCUGCCAUUAGUUGUUCUCCAUACCUAAUAAAUGCUAUAACCAACCCUCUCCUGGGUAGACUCCUCGACUGGGGAAGGAAGAAAGGUUUCUGGUCCCAGACGAACGGAAGAAAAAUAGCAGUUGGCGUCAGCUGCAUUCCGCCUAGUAUUCUCAUGCUUGCAAUUGCCUACUCCGGCUGUGAAAGAAUCGGAGCAACUGUAAUGCUGGUGAUCAGCAUCGUGAUUUGUGGCGCCAUAUUCGUUGGUCACUUAACCAAUCAGAACGACUUGGCUCCAAACUACGCUGGCAUUCUGAUGGGAAUAACAAAUACACCAGGAACUAUCUCAGCAUUCAUUCUGCCAGCAAUUGUGGGAGAAUUAAAUGAAAAGGGCCACACUUUUGAAAGCUGGAGAUAUGUCUUCUGGCUGAGUAUCAUCUGUCAGCUGGGAGCAUUCGUUAUUUUCGUCCUUUUCGGUUCGGCAAAAAUUCAAGAAUGGAAUUAUCCUAAAGGAUCAGCAGAAAGAAAUGCAUUGAGAAAUGGAGACCGAGCAGAUGCUGAUGCGUCAAGAAUGAUCUAAUGAUCCUAGGACCAUAACAUUCAUUUAGAAGAAGGAUUUUUUGGUUUUCUGUCUCAUAUUAUACAAACUAAACAGAUAGAAGACUUUGAAAAGCUUUAUUGAAUAAUUAUCUAAUCAAUAAUGAUAGAUAAGCUGAGUAUUGAUAGAGAAGUAACAUUACAAUAUAACAGACCACCCGUA